AUGGCUUCUAAGAACACUUACUCUGACUUCAAGUUGGCAACUGAAUUGCCAGCCUGGAACCAAUUGCAAUCUUUGUACGAACAAAAGGGUAAAAAGCUAAAUGUUAAGGACGAGUUUGCUAAGGACAAUUCUCGUUAUGAAAAGUUUGCCAAGACGUUUGUCAAUUACGAUGGUUCAAAGAUCUUGUUUGAUUUUUCCAAGAACUUAGUUGACGAUGAAAUCUUGAAGUCUUUGAUCCAAUUGGCUAAGGAAGCUAAGGUCACCUCAUUGAGAGAUGCCAUGUUCAACGGUGAACCAAUCAACUUCACUGAAGGACGUGCUGUGUACCACGUUGCCUUGAGAAACAGAAGUUUGAAGCCAAUGUACGUUGAUGGUACCAACGUCACUCCAGAGGUUGACGCUGUGUUGCAACACAUGAAGGAGUUCACCGAAGAAGUCAGAUCUGGUGCUUGGAAGGGUUACACCGGUAAGUCUAUUACCGAUGUUGUCAACAUUGGUAUCGGUGGUUCAGAUUUGGGUCCAGUUAUGGUGACUGAAGCAUUGAAACAUUAUGCUACCAACUUGAAGGUACACUUUGUUUCUAACAUUGACGGUACUCAUAUUGCUGAAACUUUGAAGGAUUUGGACCAUGAAACCACUUUGUUCUUGAUCGCAUCCAAGACUUUCACCACUGCUGAGACUAUCACUAACGCAACUAGUGCUAAGAACUGGUUCUUAUCUAAGAACGGUGGUGACCAAUCCCAUAUCUCCAAGCAUUUUGCUGCUUUGUCCACUAACGCUACUGAAGUUGAAAAGUUCGGUAUCGACACAAAGAACAUGUUCGGUUUUGAAAACUGGGUCGGUGGUCGUUACUCUGUUUGGUCCGCUAUUGGUUUGUCAGUUGCUCUAUACAUCGGUUUCGACAACUUUGAAGCAUUCUUGAAGGGUGCUGAGGCAGUAGACAAGCAUUUCGUUGAAACUCCAUUGGAAGACAACAUUCCAUUGUUGGGUGGUCUAUUAUCUGUUUGGUACAACAACUUCUUCGAUGCUCAAACACAUUUGGUUGCGCCAUUCGAUCAAUACUUGCACAGAUUCCCAGCUUAUUUGCAACAAUUGUCUAUGGAAUCCAACGGUAAGUCCGUCACCAGAGGUAAUGUUUUUGCAAACUACUCUACUGGUUCUAUCUUGUUCGGUGAACCAGCUACCAAUGCUCAACAUUCUUUCUUCCAAUUGAUUCACCAAGGUACCAAAUUGAUUCCAUCUGAUUUCAUCUUGGCAGCCCAAUCUCAUAACCCAAUUGAAAACAACCUACAUCAAAAAAUGCUAGCAUCUAACUUCUUCGCUCAAGCUGAGGCAUUGAUGGUCGGUAAAGAUGAAGAACAGGUCAAAUCAGAAGGUGCCACUGGUGGUCUAGUACCUCACAAGGUCUUCUCUGGUAACAGACCAACCACUUCCAUCUUGGCUCAAAAGAUUACUCCAGCUACCCUUGGUGCUUUGAUUGCUUACUACGAACACGUUACAUUCACCGAAGGUGCUAUCUGGAACAUCAACUCAUUUGACCAAUGGGGUGUUGAAUUAGGUAAGGUUUUGGCUAAGGUUAUUGGUAGUGAAUUGGCCACUGAUAACAAGAUUUCUUCUCACGACAGUUCCACCAACGGUUUGAUCAACCAAUUUAAAGAAUGGAUCUAA